GCGUAAAGAGCCACACGCGCGAAAUCAAGAACAUGCAUGGAUUUGGUAUCGGCUCUGUCUCUGAGGCUGAGCCCGACCCAGAUCUACCCUUUUACUCUUCCACUUCACAAGUCGUCGUCUCCUUUACCCGCUUUCAGAAUCGGGUAUGGACCCGUUUUCAACCCUCUGUUGCAGAGACCGCUGGCUCUUUCUUCUACCCCAAGUGUCUACUACAAUAAGAGAAGAUUUGCCCCAGUGAAGGCCAGCCGCGGAGAGUCUCCUUACGAGGUCUUGGGGGUGUCUCCCGCCGCUACUCCCAAUGAAAUCAAAAGAGCUUAUAGAAAACUCGCUCUUAAAUAUCAUCCUGAUGUUAAUAAAGAGCCCAAUGCUCAGGAAAAAUUUAUGAGGAUUAAGCAUGCAUACAACACGCUGUUGAACUCCAAAUCAAGAAAGAAGUAUGAUUCUGGAAGCAGCACAUCGAAUGAUUCUUAUUACACAACUUGGGGAAGCCAAAGUAGAACGGCCAAAGAUGAAGAUUUCUAUGGAUUUGGUAACUUUUUCAGGGAUGUACAAAUUACAUUAGAGGACUUCUUUAAGGAUCUUCAAGAAGAAUUCCGAAAUUGGGAGGCGACUUCAGCUUCACAAGGGAAACCGAAGAGUUUGUGGGAGGAAUUAGCGGAAAUCGGUGAAGAAUUUGUUGAGUUUUUAGAGAAGGAACUGAACAUCACUGAUCCAGAUGCAGAAGAGGAAAAGGCUCAAAACAACAAUGCAUAUUCUGGUGCAGAGGGAAUGGGAAGUGGCACCCAGAAUAAAGCAACAGAUAAAAGAAACAACAUCGAAGAAAAUCUCGAUGAUAUUGAAGCAGCCCUAGCUCAGUUGAAAAAGGAAUUGGGUCUUUGAUGGAGACUAUACGUUAAUAAUAGUUCAGUUCUUGGAAGGGUAAUCGGAAGGUCUAGUCAUGCUGCCAGAAGCUGCAGUAGUCUACACAAUUUGUUGUAUCAUUAUUCUUAACUAGCGCCCAUUAAAAUUUCCAGGGUCACCACAUUUUCAUUCCAUAUUGUUUAUGCAUAGAAGCAUGUUAAAUUGUUAAUACAACUACUGAGAAUUCAAUUGUUUAGAUCAUCAUAAGUUUACAGACAGGGCUACCCCAAUUUGUAGAUUGGUUGGGCAGACUUUGUUGAUUUGUUGUAGAUGCUUUAUGUAGUUGAUUAAAUGGAGUUUCACUUUUAUACCAA